UUUCCGUCUCCGGCAGACAUAUUGCUUACAGGAGCAAAUUCUGGAAAGCUAGAAGAGGGAGCGACCUGAAAUUGACUCAUAUUUUUCACGACUUUACGCACUCUUACCACAUAGGACACAAUGGAGCCGUCAGCUAGUCCAGCCAAGGAUAACUACAGGAUGAACCGCUAUAAGAACAAAGCACUGAACCCAGAAGAGAUGAGGCGCCGGAGAGAGGAGGAAGGCAUCCAACUCAGAAAACAGAAACGAGAACAACAGCUUUUCAAGAGGAGGAAUGUGGACAUUCUCAAUGAAGAGGAAGCCAUGUUUGAGAGUCCACUGGUGGACUCGUACCUCAGCUCUCCAGUUACAGAAGGAGUAAUUACCAGAGACAUGGUGGAGAUGCUUUUCUCAGAGGACCCGGAGCUCCAGCUUGCCACGACACAAAAGUUCAGAAAACUACUUUCCAAAGAGCCCAACCCACCAAUUGAUGAAGUUAUAAACACACCUGGAGUUGUGGAGAGAUUUGUGGAAUUCCUAAAGAAGAGUGUCAACUGCACACUACAGUUUGAAGCUGCCUGGGCACUGACCAACAUAGCAUCAGGUACAUCCACACAGACAAAGACGGUGAUCGAGGCAGGAGCAGUGCCAAUCUUUAUAGAGCUACUCAAUUCUGACUUUGAGGACGUCCAAGAACAGGCUGUGUGGGCCUUAGGUAAUAUUGCAGGGGAUAGUGCAGCUUGCAGGGACUAUGUGCUGAGCUGCAACAUCCUUCCGCCGUUGUUAAUGCUUCUGACCAAAUCUACACGAUUGACAAUGACAAGGAAUGCAGUCUGGGCUUUGUCUAAUCUCUGCAGAGGAAAAAACCCUCCACCUGCAUUUGAAAAGGUGUCACCCUGUCUGCCAGUACUGUCCAGGCUUUUAUUUAGCAGUGACCCAGACUUGCUGGCAGAUGCCUGCUGGGCCCUGUCCUACCUCUCAGACGGCCCCAAUGACAAGAUCCAGGCUGUCAUUGACUCUGGUGUCUGCAGGCGCCUCGUAGAACUACUCAUGCACACUGACUAUAAGGUGGCGUCUCCUGCUUUGAGAGCUGUAGGAAACAUUGUCACUGGAGAUGAUAUCCAAACACAGGUGGUGUUAAACUGCUCUGCUCUGCCCUGUCUGCUGCAUCUUCUCAGCAGCGCUAAAGAGUCUAUCCGCAAAGAGGCGUGCUGGACCAUCUCCAACAUAACAGCAGGAAACAGAGCGCAGAUACAGACUGUUAUUGAUGCCAACAUCUUCCCGGUGUUGAUCGACAUCCUACAGAAAGCAGAGUUCAGGACCAGGAAAGAAGCAGCGUGGGCCAUCACCAACGCCACAUCCGGAGGAACACCUGAGCAGAUCAGAUAUCUGGUGAACCUGGGCUGCAUUAAGCCUCUGUGUGAUCUGCUGACGGUGAUGGACUCCAAGAUUGUUCAGGUUGCUCUUAACGGGCUGGAGAACAUCCUGAGGCUGGGGGAGCAGGAGGCCAAGCAGGAGAACAACGGCACUGGAGUCAACCCUUACUGCAGCCUCAUUGAAGAAGCCUAUGGUCUGGACAAGAUUGAGUUCCUGCAGAGCCACGACAACCAGGAGAUCUACCAGAAGGCCUUUGACAUGAUAGAGCACUACUUUGGCGCAGAGGAUGAGGACAGCAGUCUAGCUCCUCAGGCAGACCCGGCCAACCAGCAGUUCCUUUUCCCCCAGCAGGAGGCCCCCAUGGAGGGCUUUCAGCUAUAAAUCAGCACCCCCCCCUCCUGAAUAACCCACUUACCCCUCCGUACCACUCUUUCUCAUGGAGGAUCCAUCGAUUGAGUCAUACCUCGACGCCCCUUCACCCCCCCAAUUUGCUACCACUACCUACUCUCCCCACAAAUGUAAUCCCCCCCCCCGCCUCUUGGAGGAAAAACUAAAACUGUCUCGCUCUCCAGCCUAAAAAUGUCAAGCAGUGGACUAACGUCUUGCAGGGUAGACUCGUGUUUCCUGACCAUCGGUGGAGCAUGUCAUCACACAAACUCCUCAUCGCCCCAGAGUGUGAGUCGGCCCUGGCUUAAAAAAUGCACACACAUAGACAUCUUCCUGCCAUUUGAUCCUAGAUUCUCUCAUUGGCAGUAAAACAAUGGCUUGUGGGUUCAUAUCUUUUUAUACAAUUAUUAUUUGUAUUUUUUUCCAAUGGGACGUUCCUAUUUUCAGGACUACCCGUGCAUCCCUGCAGAGAAGAGGUGCAUGAGGUGAAAUAUGCCCAGCUAUUGAUGUCAUUCUGACAAAAGUACUUUUUUCAGUUCAUGAUUAGUUAUUUUUCCCCCUUAUCCCUUAUUUAUCUGCUCCUCUUUAUUGUUAGUGCUUAGUGUUUAUUUUUUAUUUUUCCUUUUUGUUGUCCUUAAUGGAAAGCACAUAGUUUGCUACCAACAGGCUGUCUAAUGAUUAGGCUUAGGGCUAGUCUCUGCAUAUCUGCUGAUGGGAAAAAUAGUCCCGUCUGUAUGAUGGGGUGGGGGUGGGGGGUGGUAAAUUGGGUGUGAGGUUUCUGGGGUUGUUUACCCAAAAUUAAGGGCUGUCUGAUGCCCCGAGCUACAAAGUGUGGGUAUUUUUUUUGCCCUCACCAAAUUAUUUUUCUUUCUUCCCCAUAGAGUGAGGGGGUGGGGGUUAAAUAGUUUUGAUUGGGUUGGGGUGUUGAGGUGGCAAGAAAUGUAGAGAGAGUAGAGAGAAAAACCUUGGGAAGUGCUCUAAAGGGGGAAAUUUAAAAUGGGAUCUUUUUUCCAGGUUUUCAAGGGUGGUAUAGUUAGAGAUCCAAUGUUCGUAGUGUGACGUGUUAUUAAUAACAAUACAUUUGAAUUAUGAAGUGAUCUAACUAUCAAACAUGGCACAGCUGGGGUGAAAGAGGGGGGUGAGGAGCCGCUGGCAGCAGUAACAGCAGCAAACCAAACUUGCAUUAAAAAUCAUUUUUGAGGGAUUGGAGAUAAUUAAAUUGACGAUACGUUUUAAGAUUCUCUAGCGUUGCUGCUCUGCGGCUCUUUGCUUCCCCCCCUCAUACCUCCCCAGGUGUAUGUGGUAGGGUUUUUGCAUGGUGUUCUAUUACCCUGCCUACAGUCACUUGAGUAUCCCUGGCCAAACACAUUCAGCUGGCACAGAGACAUGGAAGUAUGAAGUGUGAACAAAUAUUGCCGUGCACUGUUCAGAACUCCAUGUAAACAAAAAAAAGUUAAAAAAAAACAACAAAAAAAGCAGGUACUGGACCAUAGCGAAUUGGUUUGUUGGUGUCAACAGUGAUAGUGUAGUGAAGUAAAGUUGAUAUAAUAACCUUUUUGGCAUUAUAUAUAUCACUAUAUUUUCAAGGAGUGAGAAUGACAACUGAUGUGAUAAUGAUUUAAUGCAUGGGGCCCUUUGUGAUAUAAAGUACUGAUGUAAAUAGCCUGGGUAGGAGAGGCUGUGCUGCUUCUUGGAUGUUUGGCCAGGGAUACACUGUAAUCUCGAACGAGUGACGAGCCUAACUACAAAAAAAGAAAGAAAGAAAAAAAAAAUUCAAGUAUGAACAUAUAUUUGAAUUUUGAUGUAUUUGUAUUUAUAUAUAUACAUAUAUAUAUAUAUAUCUACAUCUAUAUUUGCACACACGUCAUGUACACUUGCAUACAACACCAGCAGACACUGUACACACACACACACACCUCACACAGAUGAGUGGCUAGUAGCAACUACAAGAGCGUCCCCUUUUUUUUUGUUUAAAAUUUCAAAGCAUUUUUUGUUAACGAGCACACACUGUCCCUUUUGGGGUUUUUUUGGUCAUUUUUUCAGCUCUAAUUUCUGUAGUUUUCAGUUUUAAUUGAGUUGGUUAAAAAAAAAGAGGUACACACCAGGAAACUUUUUGGUUGCUUCUAGCCACAUGACUAAAGAUGGCUUUUUUUUUUUUAUCAGUCCCGUUAAAACUCUGAUCUGGGGUCAGAACCUGAUCUCAGGUCUGUGUUUGGGGCUCUGUGGAUGGAGUAGAACAGUGGGUUUGCGUGAUGUUUGACUGACAGGCACUGUGUGAGGAACAGGUCGAUUGACUCUAUGACUCUGCCCCCCCUCCCCCCGUCAAAGUCUGGGAGCCGCCGUUCUGUGGAUCACAGACGCAGCUUGAGCUGUGUACUAAAAUAUGUCACUCAAACACGCUAUAAAUGCAACAGUUUUGUGGAGUAGAACCUUUUAAGACCCCAGAAUUCUCCACAUACUUGGUAGAGCAUAUUCUUGGGUGCACAGACUUUGGUUCAGUGCAUUUGAGAUGCUGCUGCUGCUGUUACACACUAUGGUUGAAGCCAGCUUUACAUUAGGAACAUGAAUUAGAGACGCUAGCUGGUUUAGCUCUUUAAGAUUAAAAAAAAAAAAAAAAAAAAAGAACCACAGAACAGAGUGUGCUCCCAGUAAGACAUAAGAGGUCAAAUCACCUACAUAUAUAUAUAUCUAUACUUGAGCAUCGAGAACAUGCCUAUGCGUCCCUGAAAUGUGGAGCGUUUAUACCUUUAUAGGUCUUUGGUUUCAUGGCCAGUUCUGUGCUCAUCUUACCAAUAAUGCCAGAAUUGUGACAUUGAAAAGAAAACAAGUCACUCACAUAAAACCAGGAAAAAAAGAAUAUAUAUAUUUCUGAAAAAUGCAAAAUGCACUCCUAUUCACAAAAGUGCCAACCUGACCAACAAAGACUGGAGGUUCUUGUGUAUGUCUUUGACUUUUUUUUUUUUUUUUUUUCCUUUAUAUCUUUUUAUUUACUUGAAUGUGCACAUUUUUUGUGCAACAAAAAAAAACCAUUGCUGCUCUAUUUUCCUUAUCUUUAAAGUUAAAAAUUAGCCAUUGUUUCAUUUGGAAAAGUGGCACUCUUUACUGUGGGCACCUAAAGUAGGGAACGGGUGUUUUUGGGCUUGAUUAACUGCAUAAAACUGGUCUUUUUCCCAGCGACUCGGUGUCCGUUGGUGUGAUGGUCCCCCUCUCAAACACUCUUCUAAAAGGUUUUCACUGUGCAAAGGAAAGAGUCAGUUGCAUGCGGUGGAUACGGCGGCCCUGCAGCCCCCCCCCCCCCACACACACACACACACUGUGCAUUUGUACUUAAAUGUGGCACACGAUGCAAGUGGUGGAAACUAAAGCGACUAUCAUAUCAGACAAUUUACAGGUACUUAACCUUAUUGUCAAACUUAGUUUACCAAAGUUUUGUCAUCUUACUUACAGGCUGGUUUAAAUUACAUACAUACAUAUAUAUAUAUAUAUAUACAUACAUAUAUAUAUACACUUGUUUUGUUUCAGCAGUUAUGUAAAUUGGCUUGUGUUGACCUCGUCGAUUGUUUCAGGCCAUCGCAAAACUUGCUUCCUUUCAUUAGAAAGCUGCCUAAACUCAGUAUCACUUUUCUCACUUUUUCUUUUCAAGUACUGGAUCUUGAAAGAUUUUUAAUUUUUUUUGCAAAAAACAAACCAGAAGACUGCAAUAAUGAUUGUCCAAGAAUCAGGCACCCCCCAGAGGUAAAGAUCCACCUAGAAAAACAGCUCAACACAGGUGAACACUGCUUCCACUGGGCGGAGCUAAAAAAAACAAACAAAAUAGAGACAACAACUUUUUUUGAAAAUUGUGCGGUUAUUUACAUUAAAAAGUAUUAUUAUUAUUCUAAGUUUUGAGUAUAUGUAUGUUCUGAUACAUUAACAGGGAUUCAGAUGCAAUUCUAAUCACUUCUGAGAAGUGGAGAAAAAAGUCUCUUAGAACAUUUCACACAAAAAAAAGACUUACAAAAAAAACAAAAAAAAAAUAGGAAGGAAGGAUGUGAUGAUACAAGAAGCCUCUUCUGCUUUUCUUGAUCUUUUUCUUGGAUCAGGAUGUUCCGGGCUAUAUUUUUUGAAUAAUUGUGUUUAGUAAAAAGUUUGUCCUAGUCAGGCUAUGUGGUAACAAACCUAUGGAGGAUUUAACUCGAAUAUCUCAAAAACCUGACUCGUCUUCCGUCCUAGAAACUGUUCAUGUCUUUAUCAAAAAUGGAAAGCCACACUUUGGCUUGUUCAAAUUUCACCUUACAACGCUACAAUGUUUACAAUGCUGCAUGUUUGCAAAAACAACAACAACCCUUUUUUUCAUUAUGCCAUCACAGACCAGUCGUGAUGUUUUCCCGGCUCUGGUUCUCUUGUUUCUUUUUACGUGUAUUUAUUUUUCUCCUUUUUUUUUCUAAUUUGUUUAUGAUUUUUUUCAUUUUUGCUCAAAACUUAAAACCCAUCUUAAACUGUGACUUGACUUCUUGACUUUACCGACGGUAUGAAUGAGUGACGAGAAAACGUAUACACUUCAACAACGGAACAUAACACACGAACAUGAACAUGAGGAGAAAAAAAAGAAAUACAUACAGGAAACGGCAAAAUGAUAUUAAAAAUAAAAAAUGUAAAGAAAAUAUAUUAAACUUGUUCAGUGGAAAUACUGUACAAAACAAAUAAAGAUAUGUUUCAACCCUU